AUGACGUCUGCGCCAACGCUCGCCCGCCUCCCGGUCCCCGACCUUCACCAAACGCUGCAGAAAUACGUGCAGUCCCUGGAUCCGCUUAUCCUUGAGGAUGAGGCUCGGGGCGGCCUGAGGUUCUCCGAAGCUCGCCGUAUCCGCGAGACGUGGGCGGAGGACUUCGAGCAUGGAAUCGGGAAAGUAUGCCAGGAACGUCUGCUAGCCCUUGACAGGGCCUCACCCACCAACUGGCUCGACGACAACUUCUGGGUGAAGAAGGCGUACCACGAAUGGCGGGCUCCCCUCAUCGUCAACUCAAAUUGGUGGCUGGCCUUUCAUAACGACCCAAUCAUACCGCAUGACGUUAUCCUGGGCCGUCGUCCUGCUCUCGGAGCUGUCGGCGUCACUGACUGGCAGGUGCGAAGGGGUGCUUGGCUGGUCCGCCGUACAUUGGAGUGGAAGGCUCGUUUAGAAAGACCGGAUGUCCACAUAGGGAUAACCAGAGCGGGCAUAUGGCUCCGAGAUGUCGCAGCGAAGAUGUUUAACGUCUCUCGCCUUCCUCACGCGAAUAUCGUCGUCUUGCUUCAUGACUGGUUCUACGCCAUCGAGGUACUUGACGAGGACAAACGUAUGCUCCAGCCCGCAGAAAUCGAACGACGCCUGCUGGCUGUCGUCGCAGACGCCGACGGGCGGUUGAAGCGUGGCGAGGUGGCCCCUGCUGUGGGCGUACUCACAGCAGACGACCGGGAUCGCUGGGCAGAGAACUUGAGCCAUCUCCUCUCCCUGUCGCCUACGAAUCAUGCCGUGCUUCGUACCAUCAAUCACUCCCUCUUCGCACUCAGUCUCGACCAUUUCACUUACGUACUUCCGUCUGCUGCCUCUCUCCAACCAGGCUCUCCUCUUCCCGAACCGAACACCGUCCCCGAGGUCACCGCGCACUUGCACAACAUCCGCUCCGGACCGACGCCGCGCCCAGGGCACAAUCGGUGGUAUGACAAGGCGUACACGCUCGUCGUCGAGUCGAACACGCGUGCAGGCGCGAUCGGCGAGCACUCGCCUGCCGACGCGCUCGUCCCGAGCAUCUGCGCGGAGUUCGCCGUCGUGGAGGGCAUCGACGAGGACGCGUUCCCGCCGCUGCUGCCCGAGGGGCGCAUCCCGAGCGCGAGGUCGGUCGAGGGCUGGGAGCGCCUGGAUUGGGUAGUGGAUGAGAGGAUUAGGAGGGAGUGCGGCGAGGCGGAGCGGAGGGUGAAGACUGUUGUUGAGGACUCGGACGAUGGGUUCCUGUGGUUUGUGGACUACGGUGCGGAGUGGAUCAAGAAUGAAGCCCGUCUGUCGCCCGACGCAUACAUCCAGAUGGCGAUGCAGCUCGCAUGGUACCGGAUGCACGGCCGCUUCACCGCGACGUACGAGACCGCGUUGACGCGUCUCUUCAAGAACGGCCGGACGGAGACGAUCCGCACGCUCACCACCGACAGCCGCGCGUUCGUCCUCGCCAUGGGCGAUCCCAAAAGCACACCGCAGGCGCGACGAUCGCUGCUGCGCUGUGCGGUGCAGACGCAUACGAACCUGACGCGCCAUGCCGCAACCGGUCGCGGUAUCGACCGGCAUUUGCUCGGGCUACGGCUGAUGCUCGAUGGGUCUGCGCGCGAACGGCAUGACUUGUUCGACGACGAGCUCUUCGCGCUCAGUCAGACGUGGAAGCUGAGUACGAGUGGACUGAGCGAGGGUCAUCAGUUCCGUGGCACGGGUUUCGGCGCCGCAUAUCCUGAUGGCUACGGAAUCAACUAUCUUGCUGCUCCUAGCAUGGUCAAGUUUGGCAUCGAGUCGAAGUUCUCCUCACCACUUACAUCCACAGCGGGGUUCAAAGCAGCCAUUGGUGAGGCAAUGACAGACAUGAGAUACAUUUGUCUCGAGGCCAAUUCACAUCUGUAG